AUGAUUUUGGAGUGUCAAUUCAUACAGAUGCUUGUUUUAACGUGGUUUUAUAAAUACGCCAACGCCCAAAGCAUUCGAGUAUUGGGAGGGUCACCGACUACGAUACAACAAUUUCCUGUAGUUGCACAAUUGUUAUUAGACCCCUGGGAUAAAGGACAGUAUUCCCAGCAUUGCGCAGGAGUCAUCAUCACCUCUCGACACAUUUUAUCCACGGCUCAUUGUUUUCAAUACAGCAGUGAAACUGGAUAUAACUACAGUGAUCCCCAAUUCUGGCGAGUACGUGUAGGGUCGUCUUUUCGCAGCCGAGGUGGCUUUCUCCACAAGGUGAAGACUGUGGUCACUCAUGAAGAAUUUGAUAGAUAUUAUUUUACCAACGAUAUAGCCGUUCUCGUGGUCGCAAAAAAGUUUUAUUUUGGCGACACGAUCAAGCAGGCCACGAUUGCCAACAAAGGAACUGAGCUUAUGCUAAAUUCCUUAUGUACCUUGGUGGGAUGGGGAGUUACACAGGUUGGAGGCCAACAAGCAGAUCAACUUCAAUUAGCAACACUGUUCACAGUGGAUCAAAAGGAAUGCAGCCUUCGUUAUAAAAGUAUUGGCUCUGUUAUAUCAGAUUCUAUGAUAUGUGCGGGUCGUAUCGAUAUCGAUGGAAUAGAUGGUUGUUUCGGAGAUUCUGGUGGACCAAUAUUUUAUAAGGGUGUCGUUGCAGGCUUGGUGUCCUUUGGAUAUACAUGCGGUAAUCGGUUUUACCCUGGAGUGUACACCAAAGUAUCUUAUUACGUUGAUUGGAUUGUAAAUGCUAUAAGACGACACAAGUGA